AUGCCACAUUUUCUGACGAACCAUAUUUCCAAGGACGGCAAUGGCAUUGAUACUCCCAUUGUGUCCGAGCCGAAACUACCCCACUACAGGGAAAUGAGGAUAAGCAGCGAUACAGAGAAUGCCGCAGGCCAGCUCAAGGAGAUUCACGAGUUCAAACAAGGUCUCCAUCAGCGACAUAUUCAAAUGAUUGCCCUCGCCGGCACUGUGGGGACCGGUAUUUUUCUCAGUUCGGGCCGAGCCAUUGUGGAAGCCGGACCACUCGGUGCGUUCUUGGCAUAUACAAUCAUUGGUGCAACUGUUUCAAGUGUCGUCUUCGGAGUAGGUGAGAUGGGAGCCUUGGUACCUCUCAAUGGUGGUGUUAUUCGAUAUGCAGAGAUCUUCUGUGACCCCGCGCUAGCGUUCGCCAAUGGGUGGAACCAAGUAUAUUCCUACAUUGUGUCGAUUCCGUCGGAAAUUGUCGCUGCGGCUGUUAUUAUUGAAUUUUGGGUUACGGUCAAUAACGCAAUAUGGAUCACCGUACUUGGAUUUCUCAUGCUUUGCACCGCAUUUGUCUUUGUUCGUGUGUAUGGAGAGCUCGAGUUCGGCUUUUCGAUCCUCAAGAUCAUGCUCAUUAUAGGCAUAAAUAUAAUGGCUCUGGUGAUUACCUGUGGCGGAGCCCCGAAUAACGAGUCCAUCGGUUUUGCCUACUGGAAAGCACCCUAUGGACCAUUCGUUCAAUACUUGGGAGUGGGCGGGUCCCUUGGCCGGUUUCUGGGAUUUUGGAAAACUUUCGACAACGCUCUCUUUGCUUACUCCGGAAUUGAGAACUUCACUCUCGCUGCAGCCGAGACUCGAAACCCUCGUCACUCUAUCCCCAUGGCUGCCAGACGGAUCUUCGUCCGCAUCUUGCUUUUCUAUGUGAUAACAAUAUUCAUGGUCGGUCUGAUCGUAUCGUCUGCCGAUCCAAAUCUUCUGGGUUCGUCAGGAACAGCUUCGCAAUCCCCUUUCGUCAUCGCAGCCCGUCAUGCUGGCAUUAAGGUUGUCCCCUCAAUUAUAAACGCCGUUGUUCUCACCUCGGCAUGGUCCUCCGGGAACAGCAAUAUCUUGGGCGGCUCCAGAAUCCUGUACGGUAUGGCAACCCAGGGCCACGCACCUGCCAUCUUCAAACGUAUCAACCGCUUCGGCAUCCCUUAUGUCGCUGUCGCUCUGUAUGGGGCUUUCAUGACUCUUGGAUACAUGAGUAUUUCCAGCUCAGCCAGUACGGCAUUCACAUGGCUACAAAAUCUUGUCUCUAUCUCAACCUUAGUGAACUUGAUCUGCAUAUGUAUUGUCUAUCUUAGAUUCUACUAUGGAUGCAAGAAGCAAGGAAUUGAUCGCCACAAGGAGCUCCCGUGGGCAGCACCUUUUCAACCAUACACAACUUGGAUCUCCUUGUUCGUGUAUAUUGUUCUUUUCUUCACUGGAGGGUUUACGACAUUCAUGCGUGGUCAUUGGGAUACUGAAACCUUUGUCUCGACAUAUUUCAACCUCCCGUUCAUCGUCAUUGUGUAUUUCGCAUACAAGUUCUGGGCAAAAACGAAGAUCAUCCCACUGGCGGCAAUUCCCAUUCGACCUUUCAUCGAAAGCUGGCACAAUAAUCCAGAGCCAGAGCCUAGGGCGAAGCGCGGCCUCAGGAAACUCAAUAUUUUGUGGUCAUAA